UCGUCACUUAGGAAGUGACGAUGCUUUCCUGGCAAAGAUGGCGGCGACCUUGUGUGUAAAAUUACUACCUAAACAGGGAUGGCUUCCCCUGACUCAGAGUGUCCGGCACGGCUCCAAGGCUGUGACUCGCCACAGGAAACCAGUACACAUCCUCAGACAGAAGCUCCUGGCUGUCACGAAGUACAUUCCUCCUACAAGGGUCGUUCCUCCAGGCGCUUAUCCAUCCAAACCCAAAGAAGUCCAGGAGGAUAAUGCAUUGAUGUUACUCAUGAAGAGGGAGGUGAAGAAAGUGUUCCAGGACUAUAAGAUGAUUGCUGCAGCCCAGAACAACGCCAGCAACGCUGAAGAUAUGAUGACUCUCAAGAACAGACUUCAUAAACAUGGCAUCACUGUCAAGUUCUUCCCCAACCAGGUGAUGCGGUCAUUCCUGAAGGACAGUAUUUAUUGCAACAUGGCUCCUCUGUUCAUCGGUCCAACAGUUCUGAUUGUCAGUAAAGAGCCAAAGGCGAGGGAGAUGCUGGUUGCUCUGAGGUCCAGUCCACAGAUGACACUCCUGGGAGCCUGCAUAGAGAACACACUACUGAGUGCAGACGGGGUAGUGAGCUACUCCAGAAUGCCGUCAAUGACUGUCGUCCAGGGUCAGCUGGUCAGCGGGCUGACAAUGCUCACCUCCUACACUGCCUCCAUGCUGCAGCGCCACCCGGCACACCUGUCAGCCCUCCUCCAGCAGUACGUCAAGCAGCAGAGCCCGGACAGCAGCACAGAGGGAGCUCCUAAAGCAGAGGAGGCCACGUAGAGCUUCAGAGGAAGUUACCGGGACUGUUAACCUCGCAGAUUUGCUGCCGCUUGGAACGACGAGGGACUAUAGAGUCAGAUGCACACUUUAACAUUUAUUUUAAUUUAGUAGCAAUGUUCCAGGCAGAUUUUUUUGGGAUUGGGGAAAAAGCCUGCAAAAAGAUGUUGAAUAUUCAGCUGGCACUAAAUUCAACUAAAUCCUCCAGUGUGCAUCUGACCAUAGGAGCGCUGUUCAUUCAUUAUGGUGACUGAAAGAUUCUGCAGACUUGACUGGUGUCAGUGCUUUUGGAUGGACAAUGCUGCAAAAAAUAUCAUUGUUACUCAAGCUUUUACUUCAUUUAAGGGUAUUGUCACAUAAAAAUAAAUUAUAUCAACUCAG